AUGAGCCCUUACACCCUUGCCAUUCUCUCCCUCCUCUUUGGAGCCAUCUGGUGGUCAUUCUUCCAUCACCUCGGCCGUCGAAAAAAUAGUCGGAAAAUUUUACCACCUGGUCCACGGGUCUUACCAAUCAUCGGGAAUCUCCACAUGAUAGGUACUCUCCCUCACCGUGCCCUCCAAGCCCUAUCCAAAAAAUACGGCCCAAUUAUGUUAGUCCAACUCGGCAACAUCCCAACCAUUGUAGUCUCAUCCCCACGCGCCGCUGAGCUCUUCCUAAAAACCCAUGACACGGUCUUCGCUAGCCGCCCGAAUAUUGAAGCAGCCAAGUAUAUGUCCUAUGAAAAUAAAGGUAUGGCUUUUGCAACUUACGGAUCGUAUUGGCGUAAUGUUAAGAAAUUGUGUACUUUAGAAUUAUUGAGUGUGAGGAAAAUUGAUGGGUAUGAAGCAAUGAGGAGGGAGGAGAUGGAGGUAUUAGUGCAGUUGCUGAAGGCGGCGGCGCCACGUGAGGUGGUGGAUUUGAGUGAGAUGGUGGCAGGGGUGAUGGAGGACAUGACAUGUAAGAUGGUGUUUGGGAGGAGUAAUGAUGAGAGGUUUGAUUUGAAGACUGUUGUUCAGAAGGCUCUGGUAUUAGUAGGAGCUUUCAAUAUUGCAGACUUUGUCCCUAUCUUGGCUCCAUUUGACCUUCAGGUUUGUUCACUUUUCUAUGCUAUGAUAAGUCUAACAUGA